UACCUAUAGCCCAGCUCAACGAACAAAAGGAGACUAUGGCAGAUAAACCUAUUUAAUUAUUUAUUUAAAAAUAUAUUAAAUGUCAUUUUGAAUAUAAUUAUUAUUUGUAUACAUCCAGUAAAGUCUUUAGUUAGUGACAGUGACAGUGGCAGUGGAAGCCAUAGUAUUUUUAGCACUUCAAACACCCACCCUACUCUAAGAGAAGAGAACAUUAUUUUUAAAGUUUCAGUGCUGCAAGCUUCCAAAUAGAAUGCUUAAAUAGUAGCCAUGUAAUAGGAUUCUAACACUAAAACACAUUACAUUCUGAUAAAAGAAGAUAAAAUAAUAUGAAUAAUAUCUAUAUUCCUGUGCUUCUGUUAUCUUUGGGGGCGGACCAGAGGAUAUGAAGAUAUGUAGUCAUUCAAUUUCAGUUUCCUCCCAAAUUCUUCAAAUUAUACUAUCUAUUAUAUUUAAAGUAUUUAUAUGUCAAAAUAUUAUUAUUUUUAAAAAUUCUUCAGAUAUAAGAAUUUAAAUGUCGAACAAUAAUAUAUUUGUAUUAUUUAAAAGUGAAAUGUAUGCAUAUUUUUGCUAAUAUGUUCUCAGGAUUACAAAGGCAACUUACAUUAUUAAAAUUAAUUAUGAUAUUUGUUAUAACAUUUAUGUCAUUUAUAUUAAUAUUAAGUUUGCUAUGUAACUCAUGUUUACAUAUAAACAAAUAUAUGAGAACUAAAAAUUUUAUUAAUAAUGAAAAUAAUAAGCAUAGCAAUCUGAUAAGUAAUAAAUCUAUAGCCAUGUUUUCAAUAGAAGAAAUGAAAAAUAUAAAAGAACAACUGAAUUCUAGAAAAAUUGAAUUAGAACAAUAUUGUAAAACCAUAAGUAGAACAAGUUCAAAUUUAGACAAUGUAUUAUCAAAUAUGAUUAUAGAUACAAUUCAUGGAUUAUCCUGGUGCCCUAUAUACAAAGCAGCAAGUUCUACUUGGAUGAAGCAUUUUGCUACACUUGGAGGUGUAUUAACUGAAUCAGCUAUGGAAUUAAUUCGUAGAAAUAUUUUACAAAUUAAUACAAUUGUUAGAAAAGCAUUUCCACGUGAUCGAGAUGUUAAAAAAACAUAUCAAAAAUUAAAUACAACAACGAAAUUUUUGAUAGUGCGCCAUCCAUUUGAACGUCUUGUUUCUGCAUAUAGAGAUAAAUUGGAACAUAUAGAAGGAAGAGAUUAUUAUUAUAAAAGAUUUGGACGUCAUAUUACGCACAAAUAUCAUCGAUAUAGAAAACCAAAUGAAACGAAAUUAGAACCUACAUUUACAGAAUUUCUUCGAUUUAUAGUAGAAGAAAAAUACUUUGAUGAACAUUGGGCACCAUUUAUUGAUACUUGUGAACCUUGUUUAAUUCCGUAUAAUUAUAUUUUAAAAUUCGAUACUUUUGAUAGAGAUCAAAAAUUUUUAAUACAAGAAUUAGGAUUAAAUGAAUAUCUGUAUGAAAAAAAUGAUUUAAAAAAUAUAAAUCCACGUGGAGUUACAACUACUACUCUAGUUAAAGAAUAUAUACAAAAUGUUCCUAGAUCAUUGCUUGAUGAAGUUAACAAAGUUUAUGAAAAUGAUUUUAAACUUUUUUCCUAUUUACCUAUAUAAUAUCUUAAAAUAUUUAAGAAUAAUAAUAGACAUAAAGAUGUGAUAAAUAAUUAUGUUUAAUAAUUUUUAUUAAUACAAUUUGAGCAAUAAUAAUCUCUACCAUAGACUUAACAGCUUCUAUUUUUUUUUU